AUGGAUAACAAUAUUGAAGGUUCAUCAAAUUUAUCAUCUUCAAGCUCUGAUGAUGAUAACUAUGCAGAAAGUUUUAGUGCAAGGCAAAAACUGAUCGCUAAGGUGAUUUCUACCAAUAAUCAAAUUGUCUUAAAUUAUCUCAAUGAAGGAAGCAACAAAAGCAGACAUCGAGGCUCAAUUCUUGGUCAUAAGAUGAUCAAUCGUAAUCGUGAAGCUGCUGAUCGUAAUCCAUUCAAUGAUUAUUUCGCCGAAAAUGCAUUGUAUAAUGAUGCAAUGUUUCGAAGAAGAUUCAGAAUGGGACGAAAUUUAUUUAUGCGUAUCUGUGAUGCUGUUACUAAUCAUGACAACUAUUUUAUACAGAAAAGAGAUGGGCUUGGAAGACUUGGUUUGUCAAGCUUGCAAAAAAUAACAGUUGCAUUUCAGAUAUUAGCAUACGGUGUACCAGCAGAUGCUACUGAUGAGUACAUUAAAAUAGGAGAAUCAACUGCUAUUGAAAGUGUGAAACGAUUUUAUCGUGCCGUUGUUGAAGUUUUUGGAGGGCAGUACCUACGAUCUCCAAAUGCUCACGAUGUUGCUAGGCUACUUCAUAUUGGUGAGUUACGAGGUUUUCCAAGUAUGUUAGGUAGCCUAGAUUGCAUGCAUUGGAGAUGGCAAAAUUGUCCAACAGCUUGGGCAAGACAAUAUUCUGGUCGUAGUGGAAAGCUAACAAUUAUUCUAGAAGCUAUAGCCGAUUAUGAUCUGUGGAUUUGGCAUGCGUAUUUUGGGUUGCCAGGAUCGAACAAUGAUAUUAAUGUACUUGAGUCUUCUCAUCUUUUUGCUAAUCUUGCUGCAGGUAUUAUAAUUCCUGCUCAUUAUGUCAUUCAAGGAAAAGAGUACAAUAUGGGUUACUAUUUAGCUGAUGGUAUAUAUCCAAAAUGGUCAACACUUGUUCAAACGAUUCAUGCUCCACAAGGUCGAAAGAAUAAAUUAUUUGCAAUGAAGCAAGAAGCGUGUAGAAAGGAUGUUGAGCGAGCAUUUGGCGUGCUCCAAUCAUGCUUUGCAAUUGUUAUAGGACCUUCACGUUUUUGGUAG